ACACGUGAGAGACAUUUCUGCAAAAUUGAGAAAGUACCCAUCACUAGUAAACAAAAACCUUUCUUGCAAAAAGCAAAAGGCCUUUAGAAACCGUAUUUCGAAGAAGAAGCAAAAGGGCCUUUUAGAAAGCAUAGUCUGUUUGAUCUUCUGAUUGCAGCAUGAAUUGCUGGACUAUCUUUACGAUGAAAUGAAUCUGUGAUUUCGUAUAUCCCUCGCAAGCGAACAGCCAUACAGUCAGAGCUUCUACUCUUUGAGUGAAGGCGACCUGAAAAUGGGGAUUCUUGUAGUUGGGCCGCUCCCGAGAAUUCCUGUGUGCCCUCAAUUUGGCGGGAGAGGUCAGAAAUCUGCGAGGGGGCAACUCCUUCGUUGUUCCAAGAACAUUACAGAGAGUUUCAGUUCGUCUAAAAAUGCUUCCCCAGUGGAAUUGCAAAGCCCCUCAGACGAAGUGGUGCAUAAGCUGCAGGACCGUUUGGAUCCAAUUGGUAAUGAAAAGGAAGAGAAGACUCGUGACAUUUGGAAACUAUUUGAGGAAGCUCAACAAAAUAUAAUGUGCCUAAACAAACAGCGCUUACUGGCCAUGGAAGAGCUUGACAGGGUAAAGAAUGAAAGGGACUCAUUACUUGAUAAAGUAAAGCAACCCAAGAUGAAAAAACAGGCGUAUCUUGGAAAAGAUAAAUUUGCAAUCACUGCAGAGUUGCUUCUUAGAAUAGAUUCUUUGGUUCUCAAUGGUGUGAUUGGCAAUGUGGAGGCAUCUGAUUUCAGAAGGCUAGUCACAGAUUCAAGGGGUAGUGUGGCUGGUGAUUUGUAUGAAAUAAUUUCCAAGAAUGAUGCUGAGUUUCUGGCUGAGCUGCGCCAUUUUUCCAAGAGACGUGAUAUGAAUGGAUUCCACAUUAUCCACAUUUGUACAGAAAUGUCACCUGUAGUUUCAGUCACUUCAUUGGCUUCCUAUGUUGCUGGCUUGUCUUGCGCCUUGCAAAGGAAAGGAAAUCUCGUCGAGGUUAUUUUACCCAAGUAUGCUUGUUUGAAUUUAGAUGAAGUUCAAGGAUUGCGAGAAGUUGAGGGUGAAUUUUACUCAUAUUUUAAUGGUCAAUUGCAUGGAAACAAAGUAUGGACUGGGGUUGUCUAUGGAAUUGGAGUUACCUUUAUACAGCCCAUCUAUUAUGCAUCUCUAUUUAGCCACGAGAAAGUAUAUGGUUGCCCAAAUGACUUUGAGAGAUUCACAUAUUUCUCUCGUGCUUCCCUGGACUAUCUCGUAAAAUCCGGAAAAAGACCAGAUGUCCUUCAUAUACACAAUUGGCAUACUUCCAUUGUGGGGCCUCUUUUCUGGGAUGUUUUUGUUAAUCAGGGUUUUGAAGGUACAAGAAUUCUUUUGAGUUGCCAGGGCUUUGAUUCCCAGUGUCUUGAGCAACCCGAGAAGCUAGCACUCUGUGGGCUUGAUCCAAUGAGAUUGAUUCGUCCUGAUCGUCUUCAAGAUAACAACAAACCUCAUCUUAUCAACUUAUUAAAGGGUGGGAUUGUUUACUCUAACAAAGUAAUCAUUAUGUCGGCCUUACAAUCGAAAAGCUGGAUCAUUGGUGCAGCAGCUCAUGGAUUAGAGCCUACUUUAGCUAUUCACAAGGAAAAGCUGGCGAUUGCUCCUUUUGGAUUCGAUAAAUUAAGUUGGGAUCCUUCAUGUGACGAUCUUCUUCCUCACAACUAUAGUGCAGAAGACAUGACUGGAAAGCCCAAAUGUAAAGUGGCAUUACAGAGGCGUAUGAGAUUUCCUGAAGACACAUCGACAAUCCUUGUUGGAUGCAUUUAUUCUGACAUCUUAGAUUUGGACCUAGAGAAGCUUAGGAUGCUUGUUUGGAUGGCUUCUAGAAAAGGAGUUCAGUUUAUUUUCAUGAAAUCUGGCCAAAGUUCCUUAAUGAGAAUACCUGAAAAACUUAUCCGCGAAGAAGUGAAGGGUGAAAAUGUGAGAUUCAUUGAUGAAUAUGAUGAAGAAUUGUCACAUUUGAUCAUUGCCGGAUCGGACAUCAUAGUAUGCCCGUCUCUUGACGAUCCUCUGCAUCAAGUGCCGUUGAAGGCUAUUAAAUACGGCUCACCUCCUCUUCCUUUACAUUUCUCCGACACCCGAUUCAGCUCCUUUGGCAGUGACGAUGCUGAGAGCUCUAAGUUUUUGCAGUACAUCAAGUAUACCUUCUCUAACAUGUCUCUAGACCAAGCUAUCGAUGAAAUAAAGACAAAUCCAUCCCAGUGGAACUCGAGGAUCAUCGAUGGCAUGAGCAAGGACUUUUCGUGGGAUUCGGAGUGCACUGACGUGCACGUCGACGCCUAUGCAGCAAUAAAAAGAUUACAAUAAGAUCAUCGUACAUUGAAUGUAUAUACAUAUACACAUGAUGUUCUAAGGAAAGUCAUAAGAAGUGAACAUAUUUAUGUAACACAUUGCUGUUUGCUCACCAGAAGGAUGUUUAAAGAA